AUGCUUGUUAAUUCUGCGGUCCUUGCCGCCGCUCUGGCGGUUCUCGAUGGCGUCUCUGCCUCCCCCAUCAAGAGACAGGUCCUCAAGGACGAGAACGUUGGCAACCGAAUUCAAGGAGAGGCCAAGAUUGGCGACAAGUGCCACCCGCCAGGCACCUACGAGCUUGGGGGUAGCAAGAUUAUUCCCCCUUGUCUUUCCGAGCAGGCCAUUGCUCUCAAGUGCGAAAAGGUGACGCAUCUGGCGAGCGAUCCUUCGGAAAAGAAUCGGAGGGCCUAUGGCGAGUGCCUGGCAGGACGUGGCAGCUCCUACUUCCGCGAUGUGCAAGGCUGCCUGUCCUGCAAGAAGAGCCAUGGCCACCUCUCGGAGAAGCAGUACGACUGGUACUCAAAGAGAUGGGCCGAGGGCCGUGAGGCCUUUAUCAAGGACGACGUGCCCAAAACCAACGUGUGGGAUGGAUACGUCCAAGCUGCCAUUGGCGGCAGUAAGUGCCAGCACGGCAACGAAACGCUUUACGGAUGGGCAUGCUGGGACAAGCUCCCCAAGGGUCCUGGCGAGACCGAUGAGACUGUGCCUAUCGAGGAGUACUACACGGACCGCCUCGAGACGCAGAACAUUGGAAGCUUUGAUCUGGAUGGCAAGAAGUACCCCGAAUCCACAACCAUGGAGGUGGAGCUUAAAGAGUUCACCUUUGAGAUUACCGGCCAUCUGGGAUACUACUCGUCCGCCAAGCUGGAAGACGGCACCCUCACCGUCGAAGGUCAUGCUGAGCUCAAGGUGCAAACCGUGACUGAAUAUCGCGAGAUCAAGUCCAUUUGCAACUUCACCACCCCUGACGUCUUCACCAUUGUGUCCGCCAUCAGCCCUGCUGUGCCUCUCAAGGAUUCGGUUGCCACUGUUCCCGAGAAGGAGGCGUCUACCCUCCCUACCAUCAACUGCGACGGUUCUUGCAUCGCUUCAUCACUCAGCAUCAAGGAGCUCGAGGUGGUGGUCAUCCAAGGCUCCAAGAAGGUCGAUGAGGUCGUGGCUGAAGCUGCUACCCCUGCGCUGAACGAGUUGAAGCAGAACAAGUCUGUCAGCCAUGAAGCCGAGAUCACGAUCCUCAAACAGGUCAACGUUUUGUUUACCAAUAUUAAGAAAUAUCCCACUCCUAGUGAGGUCAGCCCGCCUGCCACUCCCAGCGAAGCCAGCUCGCCUGCCACUAGCAAGAAUCCGUGUGUAACUCGACGCCGUCGAUGA